CGGGCCGGGGUGGGGGCGGGGCGAGCGCCGCGAACCUGGGAAGCGGAUCUGACCGCGCAGUUCGCACUGUCAGGUCUGGGCGGGCCCAGAGAGGGACCCCCUAGCCGCUCUCCCCAUGGGGAUGUGUUUUCCCUGUCCGGGGGAGUCCGCGCCUCCCUCGCCGGACCUGGAAGAGAAAAGAGCAAAGCUUGCAGAGGCUGCAGAGAGAAGACAGAAGGAGGCUGCAUCUCGGGGCAUUUUGGAUGUUCGGUCUGUGGAAGAAAAGAGAAAGAAAAAGGAAAAAAUAGAAAAACAAAUUGCUACAUCUGGGCCCCCACCAGAAGGUGGACUUAGGUGGACAGUUUCAUAAGCGUAACGUGAGUAGAAAAGUCUACUGCCAGUAACUAAUAUCUGCAAUCAAGUGGACGUCCGCAGCCUAAUGUCUUCUCUUUGAAUAAAUAAAAUAAUUUAUUGUAAUUGUAGUGCCAUUAAAUGCAGUCAGUGCUUUUCCAGUAUUGAUAGACCGAAACUGUUUUUGAUGUUCAAACUUAGAAAAUGGCCAGACCCUUCAUCAAAUACUUAUUUUCUUACAUUUGCUCUUGUGCAGGUAGUGGGUGAUUUGGCAUUUUUUAGUAAUUAAAACAUGGACCUAAAUAGUGAAUAUAUAUAUAUGUCGCAUGCAAAAAGUCUGCAUACACCUCAGACAUUAAAGUUUGCCAUUGUAUUUUCUCUCCUUUAUAUGAUGACCUAGCAAUCUAUAUUUUUCUGCUUAGCCUUGUAUCUGUUUUUAUUUCAUUAUCUAUGAAGGCUUUUGCUUAAAAUUAUGGACUUUGUGCCUUGAAACUGAUCAUCAGGGAAAAUGUUGAAAAAUCAUUUGAAGGGCUUAUAUGAAGGGACACUGUAAAUUUUUGUAUCUUACCAAUGAGUAAUGAAAAUUUGUAGAAACUGUUGAAUUUCUCCUAAUUUAUUUUCUAUUUCUGUGGCUUAUAAAAUUAACAUGUAGGGUUUUACAUUGCAAUAAAAGUGUUUUUUUGCUUGCUGAA